GGGGCAGAGGUGGGGGUGUGCCUCGCUCCGUUCAGUCAGUGGCGCUAAAUUCAAUCUCGUUUCUUUUUCAUGAAAUGUAAACAUUUUCGCAAAAUUAUGUUUGCUUGAUAAUAUGUCAACUUUUUUCUUUUCUGCUGUUUCCCUAAAUAAUUAAAAGGAAUUUUAGCAUAUUGGAAACACUUUACUCUGACAGCAUCAUGGAACGUCAUCCUGUGAAUUUAUUAUUUAUAUUUUUCAGAGGCUUGAAAUGAAUAAGCACGGCUGCAGCAGCUCAAAGAAAAUUGAUCAGGCAUUGAUCUUGUACAUGUAUCUUUGUGAGGAAAUGCGAGCCUGGGAAAUUACGCAUAGCUAUUCUCCUGACCAUGAUCUCAUUUACAUUAGUGCAAAGCUUCAGGAAUCAUCUAAUUUCAACGUCUUUGUUCCGGUGGACUUGAACGCAGAUGUUUCACCUCAAACUCUGUGCGCGUUGCAAAAUGAAUUAGGUGAUGUCUCAGAAGGUGAUCUGAAUCAUUCUAAAAGAAGUCUGAAAUUAGCUUUCAUCGGUUCAGAUUCCACAGUUCUGAUCCAUGAUAUGAUCCAAGGAGUUGCUCCUUACGUUCCGAGGGAGAGAAAAAAAGUGGAUCCGGAAACUUUACUAGCGCCUGCUGUUUUACGUUAUAUAAAUGAGCAGGAGGAAUCCAUAGACGAGUAAUGAGUGAACUUUUCGGAAGUAUUAACACGCUGUAUUAAAAUUUGUACCUCAGAUUGUGGGAAUCUAACGCCCAGAUGUGAUCAUACUAAUUAGUAAUUAGCUGUAAUUAUUAUGCUGAAGACAGGCUUUUUGUAUUGAUUUAAAAAAAAAUGAGAAUGCAUAUCCGUGGGCUUCUAAAAUUAUCUGCAUAAAAUGUUUCUUGAAGUAAAAAAUAAAAUAAAUUUUUUUUUAAUACUAGA